UGUCGUUAGAUAGUUGAGAUAUACCUGACAAGAUGAGUGAUUUGACAUCAGAAGAGCUUGAGAUCGCUCGCCAAUAUGACUUGGUUCAGAAGAUGAUUCCAUUCUUUGACCGUCAUCUUCUUUACCCAAUCCUGGAGUCGCUUGGAGACAUCUACGAUGAGAAGACCAUCACCAAGCUUACUUAUGAGCUGUUCAAAGACACAAACAUGACCAACUUCUUGGAGGAACAAUGGAAGAAAUUGGAUGGCGGGUCAUUGCCUGCUGAGAUUGUUGCUAAGAAGGAACAGAAGGAGAAGGAGUUUGCCAACUUGAACGAGGCUACGAAGAAAGUGUUGGAUGUGCUACGCCAGCAAGAUGUCCAGGAGCAUUUGGGCCAGGAUAAGAACCUGAAUAGAGAAUACUUGGAACAGAACCACGGUAUCACAGAGGAGGACAUUGACAGACUGUACGAGUUUGGUCAGUUCCAGUACAACAGCGGUGACUACGUGAUGGCUUCCGAUUUGCUCUCAAACUUCAGAGCAUUGACUACAAACAGUGAAAAGGUGUUGAACGCCACUUGGGGUAAAUUAGCCUGCGAGAUUAUCAGCACAAAUUGGGAGUCCGCAUUGAAGGAGCUCGCCAAGCUCAGAGAAGUCAUCGAUACAAGAUCAUUUGGUGAGACAUUGGUUCAACUCCAUUACAGAACUUGGAUCAUCCACUGGUCUUUGUUCCCUUUCUUCAACACCGAUAACGGAUUGGAGGGAUUGUUGGAUCUAUACUUUUCAUCUUCUUACUUGUCAACAAUCCAGGCCGCAUGUCCUUGGAUCUUGAGAUACCUCGUUGCUGCCGUGGUGGGCUCAGAGUCCUCCACCAAGAGUAACUUGUCCAAUCCAAACUUCCAGAAGAAACUCAAAGAUUUGAUCAGAAUCGUCGACCAAGAGCAAUACGAGUACAACGACCCUCUUACAGGCUUCAUCAAGGCUCUAUACAUUGAUUUUGACUUCGAAGAGGCUAACAACAAAUUGAACGAGUCAUUGGUGAUCUUCAAGACCGACUUCUUCUUGGCUAACGUUUCCGACAUCUUUGUCAAAAACGCUAGACACCUGAUUGCUGAGGUCUACUGCCGUGUUCAUAACAGAAUCGACCUUAACGACUUCUCCAAAUUCCUCAACUUGUCCAGAGACGACGGUGAGAAAUGGAUUGCUAACCUCAUCAAACAGACAAAGAUGAACGCCAAGAUUGACGAAGCUGCGGGUUCUGUAUCAUUCGAACACCCAAGUGGUAAUGUUUAUCAACAUGUUAUUGAAAAGACAAAGGGUCUUUCAUUCAAGGCUAACCAGAUCUUGGCCACUGCUCUUCAACAACAAGAUCAAGUGUAAUGGUUUUACUUGGUUUGUUACCGUGUAUACUAGUCUCAAAAAAAGAUUAAAUCAAAUAAAGGUCUUUUCCCCUUCAUAGGAAG